AUGGAACCCUAUUCGGUUAGAGUUGAAAGAGAAGUAAAGAAAUUGGCUGAAGAGAACAACAAAAUUUGGGAGAUAGAAGCAAAACUAACGAGGGUAGGAUUUGAACUACCAUGUGAACAAUGGAAAGAGGUCAAGGAGGCGUCAAGAGAAUAUGAUGAGCUAUAUUCUGACAUGGCAUCUGAAUUAGUUGGAGCUAGAUUAGGAAAUGAUGAAUUGAUUGAAAAAAAUCAGAAAUUAGAGGAGCAGCUCCACAAGGAUAAAAAGGAAUAUUGUAAGCACGUUCAUGACAUGGAACUUGAUUUACUUAGAGCUAGAUCUGAAAUUAAGGAAUUAGCUGAAAGAAACAACAAACUAGAGGGGGAGCUCAACAAGGCUACAAAGCAAUAUCCUCAGCAGCUUUCUAAUAUGGAAACUGAAUUACUUGGAGCUAGAUUGGAAAAUAAAGAAUUAGCUAAAAUGAACAAAAAAGUAGAGAAGAUGAAAGAUCAAUAUUAUAAGCAGAUUCAUGAUAUGGGUGCUAAAUUGCUCAGAGCUAGAUCCAAAAUUAAAGAAUUGGCUGAAAGAAACAACAAACUUAGACUGGAAAAUAAAGAAUUAACUAAAAGAAACAAAAAAAUGGAGGAGAUGAAAAAGCAAUAUUGUAAGCAGAUUCAUAACAUGGAUGCUGAAUUGUUCAGAGCUAGAUCCGAAAUUAAAGAAUUGGCUGAACGAAACAACAAACUUAAGGAGGAGCUCCACAUGGCUGAUAAAAGUGAACAAUCCAAUAAACAAAAUCUUGACCAGACAAAAAACAUGCUGCAGGAUUGGUCUACAACAUUAGCGGCAAUGAAAGAUGAAUGUGAUCAAGUAUGCAAGCAACAAGAGCAUGCAGGAGAGGCUCCAAGGCUUUCUAAAAAGAGGAAGUAUAUUGUUAAGGUUUACCAGAUUAAUGAUUGCGUGAAUUGUCCAAUUUGCUUUCAGCCAUGGGCUCAGUCUGGAGAGCAUAAUGUCUGUUCCCUUUCUUGUGGCCAUUUCUUUGGCAGAUCAUGUAUAACACAAUGGAUUAAAACAAGUGGAGCUCGCGGUUCCUCUAAGUGUCCAUUAUGUUCGAAUAAGGCCACUCUAAAAGAAAUAAGAAGUCAUUUUGUAUCAGAAACCUAUGCUGGAGAUGAGGAGAUUUAA